AUGACACAGCGCAGAGCAGAGAAGCCGAGCGUCAGUAUCCAGGAGCACAUGGCCAUCGACGUGUGCCCCGGGCCCAUCCAGCCCAUCCGGCAGAUCUCAGACUACUUCCCCCGCUACCCCAGAGGGCUGCCUUUCCCCGCGGCCGCUGCGCCCCCGCGGGACCGGGACCGAGACAGGGACCGAGACAGGGACCGGGAGAAGGACCGGGAGAAGGACCCGGAGAAGCCGAUGGUCGCCUCGGGGACGUCUCCCGGAGCCAGUGGCGGCUCCAGGAGGGACGAGGAGCCCGAUGUGGAGGGCUACGACUCGGAUGAAUCCAGUGAGUAG